AUGCCUGGGAAAUGCUUGUUUAGUGACCGAUGGUUGGAAAACUCUUCCUAUAAAUUGUGGCUGGAACGUGACGCGGACAAGUUUAAAGCAAAAUGUAGAGUUUGUAUGAAAGCGUUUGAUGUAUCAAAUAUGGGAGAAUCGGCAUUGAAAAGCCACGAAAAGGGAAAGAAGCAUAUUCAUCUUAUCGAAAAGCAACAAAGAAAUACAACAGGUGACAUAAGAAACCUUUUCUCGAACAGCUCUUUUUUCGCUGCCCCUCGAACAGCCACUGAAAGUAACAACUCUACUUUGACUGUAUCAAGUAGUGCCGCUAGUACAACAGCAGGUAUGUCCGGGUUCGUGACGAGGAAUGAUACUUUAACUGCUGAAAUUUGGUGGGCGCUAAAGGUGAAUAGCAGCCAUUAUUCGUAUAAUUCCUGUACAGAUAUAAACUUCUUAGUGCAGCAAAUGUUUCCAGACAGUGACAUUGCAAAGAAAUUUACCUGUGGGGAGAAAAAGGCCUCCUAUCUUUCUUGCUUUGGUAUUGCACCAUGUUUCAAGAGUCUUCUAAAGGAAAAAGUCAAAUCUUCAAAGGGAUAUGUGCUUUUGUUUGAUGAAAGUUUGAAUCACGAACUGCAAAAGAAGCAGAUGGAUUUCCAUGUUCGCAUCUGGAAUCAUGACAAAGUUGAAACUCGCUAUUAUGAUUCACAAUUUCUUGGGCAUUCUAGUGCAGAGGAUAUGCUUCAAAAGUUUCAUUCUUGCAAAGAGGACUUGAGCUGUAGAAAUCUGAUUCAACUCUCUAUGGAUGGGCCCAAGGUUAACUGGAAAUUUUAUGAAAUGGUAGAGCAAGAAUUGAAGAGUGAUUUCAGUUGCACUCUCCUUAACACAGGCAGUUGUGGUAUACAUGUUGUGCAUGGAGCUUUUAAGGAUGGUUGUGAUGCAGCUGGAUGGACGGUGCAGAAAACUCUCUCCAGUCUUUACUGGCUGUUUAAAGACAGUCCGGCUCGAAGAGAAGACUACAUUAGAAUAACUGGUAGCAGUGUAUUCCCCCUAAAAUUCUGCCAGCACCGGUGGUUAGAGAAUGUGUCAGUUGCCGAGCGAGCACUGGAAGUGUGGCCUCACAUUGUCAAAUACAUUAAUGCUGUUAAGGCAAAGAAAGUUACUGAUCCCAAGUCCAAAUCUUACGAGACCAUUAGCAGUAGUUGCUGUGAUCCCUUGAUGCCAGCAAAGAUUGCCUUCUUCUCAUCAGUGGCAAAACAGAUCAAUCCUUUUCUCACAGCAUUUCAGACUGAUAAACCUAUGCUGCCAUUCAUGAGUAUCAGUUUGUACACUUUGUUGAAAUCAUUGUUGAAUAGGUUUAUCAAGGGUGAACUUGUUACCGAGGCAACAUCUCCUCUGAAGAUCCUGAGGUUGAAGCCCACUGAUAAAGAACAGCAGUUAGACUACCAGAAAGUUGAUGUUGGCUUUGUGGCACAACACAUGCUGAAAGAAAAAUCUGGGAAAUUGAGUGAAAGGCAAGUUCUUCAAUUCAGAAUGGAAUGUAAAGAUUUUCUUGCAAAAACAGCCUCUAAACUGCUUGACAAAACACCAAUAAAUUAUCGACUAGUAAGAAGUAUGUCUUGUCUGGAUCCAAGGCUAAUGGCAUCAGAGAAAGAAGGAUGUGUCAAAAAAAAAUGA